GAGCGCACGAGCCGCCAUGGCGCUGGACCACCGGCGCGUGCCGGGCCCCGAGGAGUCGCAGGCCCCGCUGCUGUACGCGGUGCCCGGCCAGGCGGCCCCGGAGGCGCCGGGCCGGGAGGCGGCGGCGCUGCGGCCGCUGCUGGCGCGGGCCGGGCUGCUGAGCCAGGCCGAGGGCUCGGCCUACGUGGAGCUGGGCGGCGGCACCAAGGUGCUGUGCGCCGUGCGCGGGCCGCGUGAGGCGGCCGAGGGCCGCGGCCGGCUGCUGUGCGAGUUCCGCCGCGCGCCCUUCUCCGGCCGCGGCGCGCGCCCGCGGCCCGGCCCCGCCGCCCGCGAGCGCGAGCUGGGCCUGGCGCUGCAGGAGGCGCUGGCGCCGGCCGUGCGCCUGGCGCGCUACCCGCGCGCGCGCCUGGAGCUGACGGCGCUCGUGCUGCAGGACGGCGGCUCGGCGCUCGCGGCCGCGCUCUCCGCCGCCGCCCUGGCGCUGGCCGACGCGGGCGUGGAGAUGUUCGACCUGGUGGUGGGCUGCGGCCUGUGCCGCGCGCCCGGGCCCGGCGGCGCCUGGCUGCUGCAGCCCAGCGAGGCCGAGGAGCGCGCGGCCGCCGCCCGCCUCACCGUGGCCCUCAUGCCCGGCCUCAACCAGGUGGCCGGGCUGCUGGGCAGCGGCCAGGGCGGGCCGCCCGAGAGCUGGGCCCAGGCCGUGCGCCUCGGCCUGGAGGGCUGCCAGCGCCUCUACCCGCUGCUGCGCCGCAGCCUGCUGCGCAGCGCCGAGCGCCGGGCGGCCGAGGGCCCGCGGGCCGGGGGGGCCAGCGCCUGAGCCGCGCCGGGCCCCAUCCCUUCCCCAGGGAAACUGAUCCCAUCCCCGGUCCUCCAGGAUGAACAGGGUAUGGGGUAGAGAUAAUCUAGGGGGGGGUGUCCCAGCAGCCCCCCCUUUCCAGAGUAAUCUGGGGGGGGUGUCCCAGCAGCCCCCCCUUUCCAGAGUAAUCUGGGGGGGGUGUCCCAGCAGCCCCCCCCUUUCCAGAAGUAAUCGGGGGGUGUCCCAGCAGCCCCCCCUUUCCAGAGUAAUCGGAGGGGGGGUGUCCCAGCAGCCCAGCACCCCCCUCCCAAAGGUAAUGUGGGGAUCGCAGGAGCACCCCCCCUCCCAGAGGUAAUCUGUGAGUGCCAGUGGCAAAUCUGAUGUGAGAUCAAUCUCCCCUCACUGCUGGGGAGCAGGGCAGCAGACCCCGCCAAAGCUAGUUGAGACCUGCCCCACUGCUGGGGGGGAGCAGAGCCGCAACCCCACCCUCCUGCUGCUGGACUGCUAAGGGGACUGAAUAAUUGAACCACGGAGCAGCGGGACCUCCAAAGGAAAAGCCCCACUGGGGUCCAACAAGGAGGCAAUGUGACCAGAGCCCCAGGCUGCUGCUGGGGUUGCUCCACUCAGCAAGGAAAAGUGAGCCGAAUUGGGGCCUAUCUACCAAGGGGAGCACAUCAGAGACAUUUCCACGGGGGAUUGAGCAGCCCCUAUGCCCUGAGGAAAAUUCUGCACCAGCAUGAUGGCAAAAUUGUGGACAUUUCAAUCGAAAUUGGAACUAAAAACAGGAAGCAGACUCUGGAGAUUGAACAUAUGGAGGGAUUUUUUUCUUUUCUUCUCAACUCCAGUACUGAGUGGGGUGAGCUGGAGACAUCUUGUAGAAGAGACUUUACAGAUGGGAGUUAACACUGCGGAAGUUAUAGAAACUGUGGCAAACCUUAGGGCAAGUCCCCCACACCCAGUGACACACUGUGCCCAUGGCAGCUAUCAUCCACCAUACUCUUAAGUGUUUUUUUAAGUAUCAGAAAUGGUUUUUAUACUUUAUGGUUAGUACAAUUCAGCAGAUGCCACUGAGCUAUGAACUGGGUUUUGCAGGUUGUUGGUUUAUUUCAAUGAUAUUUUGGUGUGUAGGAAUGUAUUUAGUGUGUGCUCCAGAAAAAAACUGCCCCUCCUGUCUUAGAUUAUUAAAAGGUUUCUGUUGGCUCCUAACUGAUUGCUAGGAUAUGGCAAGAAAUACUGCUGUCAGCAGACAUCUGUUUUAUUGGAUGGUUUGAAAUGUUUUUCUGUGAUUUUUUUGUGACAUUUGUUGAUUAUAUCUUAACUCUUCCCCUAAAAAUCAAGACUGCAUUUUUCAUGAUGUUCAUUUCACUUUCCCUCAAAAUGGAGGGACUCAUGCUAGUGUAGGCUAGUGUGAUUAUUUUGGUUUGAUCUGGCCCUUUCUUGUUACCUCUCUGAUUGCAACUCUGAUCAGUAGGGGUUCUUUACUGUCUGUCAGUGGCACCUCUGCAAAUUAAGCAAUUAACUCAAAUUCUCCAUACAAUGGACAUGUACUAAUGCAGUUUUUUUUCUUUCUGUGGGCAUCAUUACACUUGUAUUCUUUUCAUGUUGCACGCAAAGCAUUGUUAAUUGCCCACAAUAGGAAGAACUGGUAAUGAGAUCCUUCAUGCUGAAUGUGCUGUUAUAGUGUAACUCACCCAACCCCUGGAUUGUAUUGAUUUGGGGGAUGUGUUCCAGACACAAGUGAUGAGGAAAGGGUUUGGUUGUAAUGCUUUGUGACUAAAAUGUGUUCAACAGUCAGAAACCACUUCCCAGUAAAAUCCAGUGCAUAUAUAAGACCUAUUUGUAAUUCACCACCAAAGAUAAUUGUUUAGAUGGGAAACAUUUGUAUAUGAUAAUACAUCUUCUUACUGUGAAGUUCA